UGUAAUAAGAAUGAAUCCAGCGUGCAGACUGAGCCUGGAGAGCAAGGAAUGCCAGGAGUGGAUGAACGAGGUAUGUGCCCACUGCUCCCACCUGCUGCCCGGCGUGGAGGAGGCGGAGCUGUGGGACAAGUGGUGGUCGGACGAGCUGCCCGCUCCGUUCAAGUCGCGAGUGAAUCUUAUGUCCGCCUACGAUUGCCACAAGCUGCGCAAAGAGGUUGCCCGCCAGGUGACCAAUAGCCGAGAUCAGGAGUGGCACGAGGAGGAAGGCAAUCCGGUCACCUGGACGCUCUGCCAGCUGAUCCUGCUGAUCAUAGUAAUGGUUUCCUCGAUGAUCGCCAUGGGGUGUGCCCUGAAAGUGCUCUGCGAAAGCCAACGUCGCUGGUCGGGCCGCUCGAAAUGUGCUCCACCAAUAAAGGUGAAACAGGAAGAGAGGCCACCGCCACCACCAGCCGAUGUGGAGACGCCGCCCCAAAAGGACAUCUGCAAGCCAGCCAAGCAGCCCAAGGCCUUCAUCUCCUUUGGCCGGACCACCGACCCACGCACACGUUUCGGUCCGUACAAGCACCAGAAGCUGCUCCAGACCGCCUCCAUGCGACCGGAAUGCCCGCCGGCGGAGUCGUAGCUCCCGCCAACUCGUGACCAUCGCCAUCUCCCGGAGCGGUGGAGCAGCACGUCGAAUGGCAAUCGGCGAAAAACAAAUCGGCCACAAAAUAACCGGCAAGGGGGAGCACUGGCCAAAAAAUCGAAAACAAAUUCGAAGGCUGCCGGAGCUGUGCUCAAUCGCGGAUAAGAUUUAUGAAAUGUGUUCCGCCCCGAUUUGUUCUCUUUUUCCCGGUUUCCCGGUUCGCCUCUAGUCCUUUUCGGUUUCCUUUUUUAUGUUGCCGCGCUGCACGAAACACAAAAACAAAUAAAUAUUCAGACGUUCGC